CAACACUUGAAGAAUAACGUCGUCCUCCAUGCAUGACCAACUCAUCGUAAUCGUAAAAUCUCAGGAAAUAAAAAGAGUGUGUGUCACUGUAACGUGCCAUUAUCCCAUACGUAUAUAUCAAACCAAACUCCCAUCUACCAAAAACAUUAAGAAUAUCCCUUUCUUCUUUCUACUUCUACUAACACUCGAUCAUCUUCAUGCUAUAAAUAAAUAUUCUUUGGAUUUGCAUAUUCUCAACAAUGUCUGAACCAAAAAUGAUAAUAUUCCAUGGAGAUUUACAACUCCAUAUUAUUGAAGCUCGUCAUUUACCAAACUUCGACAUAACUUCCGAUCGUCUUCGCCGUUGCUUCACUUUCGGUGGAAUCUGCGGUAAACCACAUGAUUCCACCGCCGACCCCGGCGGAGAUGAUCAACGGAGUAAUAAGAAAGAUCACCACCGGAAUAUCAUUACUAGUGACCCAUAUGUCACCGUUUCAGUUCCACAAACCGCUCUAGCCCGUACUCGGGUCAUAUCUAACUCACAAUACCCAUUUUGGGAUGAGCAUUUUCUGAUCCCUUUAGCUCAUCCUAUAGCCUAUUUGGAGUUUCGGGUCAAGGAUGAUGACCUAUUCGGGGCGGAAAUUAUGGGUAAAGUGAAAAUUCCGGCGGAGACUAUCGCAACCUGUGAGGAUAUCUCCGGUUGGUUUCCUAUUAUUGGGUCUUCCGGGAAACCCGAUACGGCUCUUCGGUUACACAUGAAAUUUUACCCUUAUGAUAAAAACCCAUUGUACAAAUGCGGGAUUGCUUCAGAUCCUCAACAUUUAGGUGUGAGGAAUUCGUAUUUUCCAGUGAGAAAAGGGAGUUCAGUAAAACUAUACCAAGAUGCUCAUGUAAGUAAUAAUGUGAAGUUUCCAGAAAUUGAAUUGGAAAAUGGUACAGAUUUUGAACACAAUAAAUGUUGGGAAGAUAUAUGUUAUGCAAUUUCAGAAGCUCAUCAUUUGAUUUACAUUGUUGGGUGGUCUGUUUUUCAUAAGAUUAAGUUAAUCAGAGAACCCACAAGGCCAUUGCCAAGAGGUGGUGAUUUGACACUUGGUGAAUUGCUUAAAUACAAAUCACAAGAAGGUGUGCGAGUUCUGUUGUUACUUUGGGAUGAUAAAACUUCUCAUGAUAAGUUCUUCAUUAACACGGAAGGAUUAAUGGGAACUCACGAUGAGGAGACCAAAAAGUUCUUUAAGCAUUCAACUGUGAUUUGUGUUCUGUCACCACGUUAUGCUAGCAGUAAGCUCAGCAUUAUGAAGCAACAGGUUGUUGGAACCAUGUUCACGCAUCACCAGAAGUGCAUUCUUGUUGAUACACAGGCUCCUGGUAAUAAUAGAAAAAUUACAGCAUUCUUAGGAGGUCUUGACCUCUGUGAUGGUCGGUAUGACACACCUGAACAUCGCUUAUUCCGUGAUCUAGACACUGUAUUUAAAGAUGAUUUUCAUCAGCCUAACUUUCCUCCAGGGACCAAGGCCCCGAGGGAGCCAUGGCAUGAUUUGCACUGUAGAAUUGAUGGACCUGCUGCAUAUGACGUGCUUAUAAACUUUGCUCAGCGAUGGAGGAGAGCAACAAAAUGGAGGGAAUUCUCUUUUCUUAAGAAAACGAUGUCCCGUUGGCAUGAUGAUGCAAUGCUAAAAAUUGAGCGUAUCUCAUGGAUACUCAGCCCUGCCUUUGCUGUUUCCAAAGAAAGGACUGAGAUUCCAGAGGAUGAUCCCGAACUAUAUGUAGCUAGGGAAGAUCACCCAGAAAAUUGGCACGUGCAGAUCUUUCGUUCCAUUGAUUCAGGUUCAGUGCAAGGUUUUCCCAAGAGUACUGAUGUUGCUGAGGAACAGAACCUUAUUAGCUCAAAAGAUCUGGUAGUAGACAAAAGCAUUGAAGCAGCAUAUAUCCAGGCGAUAAGAUCUGCUCAGCAUUUCAUAUAUAUUGAAAAUCAGUAUUUUCUUGGGUCAUCUUACGCUUGGCCAUCAUACAAAGAUGCAGGAGCUGAUCAUCUGGUACCAAUGGAGUUGGCACUGAAAAUUGCUGAUAAAAUUAGAUCCAAGGAACGGUUUUGUGUAUACGUUGUUAUGCCCAUGUGGCCCGAGGGGGAUCCCAAGUCAACUACUAUGCAAGAAAUUCUAUACUGGCAGAGCCAGACAAUGCAGAUGAUGUAUCAAGUUAUUGCAAGGGAGCUCAAGUCAAUGCAGCUUUUAGACUCACAUCCACUGGAUUAUUUAAAUUUUUACUGCCUUGGCAACCGUGAAGCAAAUGCUCAAUCUUCUUGUGAUGCUGAUAAGGUCUCGGAUUCGUUUAAAUUUCAGCGUUUCAUGAUAUAUGUGCAUGCUAAAGGAAUGAUAGUAGAUGAUGAAUAUGUCAUUCUGGGUUCUGCCAACAUAAAUCAACGAUCUUUAGCUGGGUCGAAGGACACUGAGAUAGCUAUGGGUGCCUAUCAGCCGCAUCACUCCUGGGGAAAGAAGCAGCAGAAUCCACGGGGACAGAUCUAUGGAUAUAGAAUGUCUCUGUGGGCAGAGCAUCUCGGAACGUUAGAAGAUUGUUUCCAAGAACCAGAAGCAUUAGAAUGUGUAAGGAGAGUGAAUGCAGUUGCUGAAGAUAACUGGAAGAGAUACACAGCUGAUAAUUUCAGUGAAUUGAAUGGGCAUCUUCUCAAGUAUCCCAUACAAGUGGAUGCUGAUGGCAAAGUAGGUUCCUUACCUGAAUUUGAAUGUUUUCCAGAUCUUGGGGGUAAAAUAGUUGGAAACCCGUCCCCUACCAUCCCGGAUGUUUUGACCACUUGAUUUUCAAGAAUAGCCAUAGUGUCCCUAUGGGGACCUCCGAUAAAACUGGAACAAUACAAAGAAGAUUAACAUGACCCUGUACAAGAAUGACACGCGCAAAUUCAACAAUUCUCAUGUUUCUGAGUCUCCGUCAAUGUAAAGAUGGAGCAUGUAGCUGUGAAAUAGUAUAUUCUCAUUCAUAUCUAUUUAUGUCGUAAAUCAAAAGGUAGAAACAGUACUUGAAAAUAUUGUAAUCCCUGUAAACAGUUCCUGGACCUUACUUGUUAAAGAAAUGGAAAUUUGAUUGUCAAUUA